AUGGAUCCUUUAGGAGACCAAAGUGGUCUGCGCCAAUUUAUCGGCAAGUCGCCGGUCAAAGCCCUGAAUUUGAUACGCUGUGGGGCUCAUGAGGAGGCAUUAGCUACUGUGCUAAGCUGGCCAGCUGCGCUGGAAGUGCUCCAUUAUGACGUCGAGCAAGGGGAGUGGGAUGGCUUCAUUGAUGAGCCUGAUAGACGCUGGACAUGCGCUGCUUUUGUGCGAACGUUGCAGCCACAAAAGGGGUCCCUAAAGGAAUUGACCCUUACCCGGCCUUGGCUUGUUCAUGAAGGAUUGUUCAACGGACCACGCAUUCACCUAAGAGAUUUCACAGCUCUAACUACGUUACGUAUUUAUCAUGUCUUUUUAUGCGGAGAAGAUGAUCCUCUCGAGGCCUGGAGAAGUCUUCCUCGUAGCUUAGAGGAGCUAGAGAUAUUUUAUGAUGACUCGGAUCUCACUACCUUUGAAGAAGACGAGUUUCUGUCGGGCCUGCUGGUGCAUAAAGAGGAACAUUUACCCCAUCUACGGAGAAUAUCUAUCGCGUCGCCCGAAAUUAUAUGGGACACUGAAACGCAAGAGUGCAAGCCUGCCGGACGAUGGUCACCACCGCCUCCUCUGGCGCACGCGCUUGAAAUAGCAGGUCUGACUUUGGAUGUUCAGUUGGGUAUUGACACGUCAGCAUUUUGA